AUGAUCAACAACCGAUAUGUUCGAUGGGCAUGGCUCCUGGCAUUUCUAUUCUCGUUUCAAGUUGCAUCAGGGGCUACUAGUGAUAGUGGAACCAAGAGCAAAAGUCCAGACACCACGAGCAGUGGCAGCGACCUGGAUGUGGUGGUCCUGACUUCUACCAACUUUGAGAGGAUGGUUGGGGAUGGAUCCGUGUGGUUGGUAGAGUUUUAUGCUCCAUGGUGCACGCACUGUAUGUCAUUCGCAUCUACCUACUCCGAGAUCGCACGGCAUUUCCAUUCGAAUUCAAAGCUGAAAGUCCGCGUUGGAAAGGUUGACACGACACAGCAAAGGGCAUUAGGGCAGAGAUUCUCGGUCCAUGCCUACCCAAGUUUCUUCGUCGUCCACGGUUCCAGUGUUUAUGAAUUCGAGGGAUCGAGGUCGAAAAAUGGCUUGAUACAAUUUGCGACCAAAGGAUACAAGGAUCAACCAGUAAGUUGA